CCUGGAAUGACGUGAUAUGAACCGCGGGGCUCUAAAACAAUAUCAGGAUUAACAAGGGUUACAUAUCCCCGCACAUAGAUGUGAUCUCACCUCUGCAAAUAUUUCGAAACUAUUUCUUUAAAUCAGGAAGAGGUAACUAAUGUAACUAAUGCGUGGUUUUCCUAAAUCCAGCCUUUAAAUGCUCUGCAGCGGAUUAUUUCACUGUUUGUGGAAGUUACCUUUCCUGCAGGAUGAGACUGGGGACUCUAUUAGCUUUUACUUUGACGUGCUCAUCUUUCUCUCUGUCAGCCGAACAAUCUAAAGUGAAGAGCCCAGGUGGACACAGCCGCUGCCUUGACCGAGCCUGCAACCCCGGCAUCGGUAACCUGGCUGCGGGCAGAGUGCUGCACACGCAGUCCGUCUGCGGCUCCAACUCGUCGGAGCGCUUUUGCUUCUUUAAACAGACCGCCGGGCCCCGCGGCAAGCCGUCCUGCUCCGCGGCUAAAUGCGCCCGCUGCAACGCCGCCAAGCCCGCACAGGCGCACCCUGCCUCGGCUAUGAGCGACUCCUCGUUCCGCCACCCGGACACCUGGUGGCAGUCUGCUGGGGGGCUGGAGGAGGAGGAGGCGCUCCGGCUCGACCUGGAGACCAAGUUUCUCUUCACUCAUCUGAUCCUGGUGUUCCGCUCCCCCCGCCCCGCUGCCAUGCUGCUGGAACGCUCCCAGGACUUUGGACGCACAUGGAGGACCCUCAGAUAUUUUGCCCAGGACUGUGAGAAGAUGUUCGGCCUGGCUGAGGGUUUGCCUCUCGAGGAAGACGGGGCGACAUGUACCUCUAAAUACUCAGCAGCUUUCCCCUGCACCAGAGGAGAGGUAAUCUACCGAGGCCUGUCCCCUUGGCGCUCGGUGGACCCCUACGGACUAGCUGCCCAGAACCAGCUCACUGUCACCAACCUCAGAGUUCGUCUCCUGCAGAGACAGCAGUGCCCGUGCCAGACCAAACAUCCGGGAGCUGCCUCUCUCCCGACGGACCACUACGCUAUCUAUGAUUUUGUUGUCAAAGGCAGCUGCCUUUGUAACGGACACGCUGACCACUGCGUGCCCGCCAGAGGCUAUCAACCCGGCCCGGAAAAGGCCAGCAGUGUGGUCCAUGGCAAAUGCGUUUGCAGACAUAACACGGCCGGCGACCACUGCGAGCGCUGUGCCCCUCUCUACAAUGACCUGCCGUGGCAGGCGGCCAACGGCAUCAUGGGUACACCACAUGAAUGCCAGAAAUGCAAGUGCAACGACCAUGCCAGGAGCUGCCACUUCAGUCGAGGACUGUGGCUAGCUACGGGACGGCGGAGAGGGGGCGUGUGCGACCACUGUCUCCACAACACAGAGGGCCGUCACUGUCAAAACUGCAAGAGGGGCUUCUACAGAGACCUGAGCCGUCCCAAAACCGCACCAGACUCCUGCAAACCCUGCUCCUGCCACCCUGUUGGCUCGGUCCUCUCAGCUGGUGGCACCAUCUGUGGCCCCAGCACCGGGGAAUGCGCUUGUAAGCCUGGUGUGGGAGGCCCCCACUGUGACAAGUGCAUAAUGGGAUACUGGGGGCUUCACGAAUAUGGCUGCCGUCCAUGUGACUGCACGGGAGACUGCGACCCCUACACCGGCGACUGCGUAUCUGGCGUAGGUGCUGAGGUCCUCUAUGCAGCUGCUGGAAACCCAGGAAACGGCAGCAACGAUAGUGAGACAGCACUAUCAAGAGCAAAGGAGCUUUUCUCUGCACUGCACCACUCUGAGAAAUGUGAAUGCCUUGAAGGUACCCUGGGCAGCCCUAAAUGGUUCUGCGUAGCUAAGUUUGACUAUGUUCUGGUGGUGAAGGUGAUGUCCGCUCAUGAUAAAGGCUCCCAUGCCGAGGUGGAGGCGAAGAUUAAAAAGGUUCUACAGCAGAACCCGCAGAUGAAGAUCCAGCACGGAAACGUCACACUGUUUCCCGAGUCUUGGACUGUCCGAGGCUGUACGUGUCCCAUCCUCAAUCCAGGAGAUGAAUACGUAGUGGCUGGCCAUAAGAACUGGAAAACUGGCUGGCUCAUGGUGAACACCAGGAGUUUUGUUAAACCAUGGAAGUCGAGCCUGGGACACAAACUCCUUCACGUUAUCAGAAAAGACUGUGGGCGCAGAACCAGAGUAAACAGGACAUUUUUGGACGUUUUCGCCCAGUUAGGAAUAGAUCUGAUGUUCUGUCUCCAAGGAGAGCAACAAACAGCCUACAGAGAUGCAAAGAAUUCCUCAGAAAUUAAGUCAUCAGCCAUUAACCCUGAAGACGUCCACACACAAAACAAACAGGGUAAAUGUUCUUUUAUAGUAAGAUAUUAUCAUUAAAGAGUGCGUUUAUUCCAAGUAAGUCUCUUUUUGUUCUGUUCCAUAAUCUACCUUUUUAUUUGUUUGUUCAUGAUUGUGAAGGAUGGAUAUCCAGAAUAUGUUUACGUCAUGUGUUGCUGAUUAAGCCGUGUGUGUUUAUCGCCCUCUUUUGGUUAGGAGAUAACAAAACAGUCUUGACUUCUUUAUAUGGCAUUUUAGUGAACUCUAAGAACACAAAGUAAAAAAUGCAACCAAGAGGAAGAAGAAUCACUUAACAGUUAGGUGUGUAAUAAGAAAUCCUUUUAUACAUUUUUUCCGGUUGCAGCUUCUGUUGUGUCAAACACGUAAAACAAAUUUAUUAGAAUAGAAAUGGGUAUACACGCAUUAAAUAAAUACGUUGGCCUACAUUUAUAUAAAUCAUCAUCAUUUUACAACAUCUGUUUUAAUUUAUUUGUAUGUUUUGACGGUUAAUUAUUGCAUUGUGGAUUUAAUAAACUAUUUAAACUUGUAAA